CAUUUGCUAAGUUGGAGUAAUGAAGAAUCCGUGGCGCCAUUCUCGAAUGUCAAGUGCUGUAGCUGUUAUAGCGUCAUGCAUUAGCGUCAGCUGCAUGAUUGUUGCAAUUUUCAAUGAGGAAAUAAAGACACGCGGUAUCGAGACAAUUAAAUUCGAAUUCCCCAAACUAGUCUCUCGCUUUGACCUGGAUGAUGUUAGAGAUCGUGUCCCUGACGUUGCCUCCAAGAUCGAGGGAGGAGCAAGUCGGAUAGUCGAAGAAGUAUCUUCCAAGGCUACGGCCAUCUCAAACGCUUUGAAAAAUAUACCAACCGAAGUGUCUCUUGGCAUGGACGAGGUAUGCUGGGGUGCCUCCCCAAACCAAUGCACGCCAAUCUGGAAGGGUAUGGACAACUGGUUCCCGGGUCCAUUGGAACAGUUUAUCAAGAUCAAGCAAUAUCCAUGGGCUCUUGACAUCAUAAAGCUCAAUAUACUCAGGACAGGCACCACAAUAGCAACAGCACUCUUCUUUCUAGCCCUGUUUGAGUGGCUAGUCUCAACCCUAUGGUGGAAAAGUACGUAUGACAGUGCUACUACAGAAGAAGAGAAGGAUAUAUCAAGGGAGGGGGAGGAAAUACCAAGGGAGGGAGAGGAGAAGGAAUUGCCAAGAGAGGGAGAGGAGAAGGAAAUGUCAAGAGAGGUGAAA